AUGGCGGCAAACGACAGCUCGGCGCCAUCAUCCACCAUAGACGCGGAGAAGGGAGGUGGCGGCUUCAAAGAUGACGUGGUUGCUACACAGACAGAUGUUGAGACGGGCCUGGAAAUCAACACAGUCGCUGCAACCGCUCUGGUCCGCAAACUUGAUCGAUGGAUUAUCCCACCUGUGAUGCUGCUUUACUUGUUCAGUUUCCUCGACCGCGUUAACAUCGGCAAUGCUCGCCUCUACGGCCUGGAAGCAGAUCUCAACAUGAGCGGCAAUCAGUUUCAGCUAGCCGUGUCUCUCCUUUUCGCCACCUACGUGCUUGCAGAAGUUCCGUCGAAUAUGGUUAUCAAGAAGUUGAAGCCUUCUCGCUGGAUUGCGUUCAUCACCGUGGGAUGGGGCCUGGUCGCGACCUUGACGGGCGUUGUUCAGAGCUACGGAGGUCUUCUGGCCUGCAGAUUGGUGCUCGGCGCUCUUGAGGCCGGCUUGUUCCCCGGCAUGUGUGUCUAUUUGACAUUCUUCUACACGAAGCAAGAGAUAGCUCUAAGGAUCGGCUAUCUUUUUGUAUCUGCGGCCGUUGCCGGCUCCAUGGGAGGUCUCCUCGCCUACGCUAUUGGCUUUAUGGAUGGCACGGCUGGUUACAGUGGCUGGCGCUGGAUCUUCAUCAUCGAAGGGAUUCCGACCGUCGUCCUGGGCUUCCUGGCCUGGUUCUGGCUUGCAGACGACUCGGACAGCGCUUAUUACCUAACCGAGGCCGAGAAAGAGCUGAAUCGGGCUCGUAAAUUUCGCCAGAUCGGCUACACGGUUUCAGCAGACGAAUUGCACAAGGAAGAUGUUAUCAAAGGUAUCCAGGACUGGAAGAUAUGGGCUUUUUGCUUCGGAAUGUUUGGUAUAGACACAAUGCUUUACGGCUAUUCCACAUUCCUCCCGACGAUUAUCAGAGGUAUUGGCAGCUGGUCUGUGGCUCAAGUACAGGCUCUGACCGUCCCAUGCUACGCUUUGGGAGCUGGGACGUACCUGCUGGUGGCAUACUUCUCCGACAAGUACCAGAAGAGAGGUAUUGCGGCGGUGACUUUCUGCUGUGUUGCAGCCAUUGGCUAUGGAAUACUCAUGACAGACUCGUCGCCUGGAGUCCACUACUUUGGAUGUUUUGUCGUUGCUUGCGGCCUCUAUGUUGCAGUUGGCAUUCCUCUAGCCUGGCUUCCGACCAAUAAUCCAAGAUAUGGCAAACGAACCUAUGCCACAGGUAUGCAGUUGACAUUCGGAAACUGCAGUGGUAUCAUGGCUCCUUUCCUUUAUCAGACACAUGAAGCGCCCCGCUAUAUCCGUGGACAUGCUGUGACCCUGGGUGUGGUGCUGGCGGCUGGGGUCAUUUUCCUCUCAAUGAGCCUUUACUUCAUGAGGAGGAACAAGGCCCGCCGGAACGGCGAGGAGGACUAUCUAAUGGAGGGGAAAAGUGAGGAGGAAAUUGCCGAGAUGGGUGACGAGCAUCCAAGAUUCGUAUUUACAUACUAA